AUGAGUACCUCUAGGAUGCUGCGAGAUGGGUAUGCGUCGGCUGCUGCUGCUGUGGCGACGGCCACGGUCACAACUACUUCGGCCUCCGCCGCUUCUUCUUCCCUCCUCUCCGCUGACGAGCUGCAGCGAAUUGCUCAGCUUAUCGAGAACGAUCCACGCAUUCUUAUGGAGGUGGUCGCGAGUCUCGACCCGCAGAUUCGUCGCCGGCUCGUCGUAACCGGCGGCGCGAUGGAGUGGUUUGGCACAGAAAGCGCUGCGCAGGAGGUGGAGAAAGCAGACGCGGACAAGGACCGUCAGAUCUCGCCAAAAGACUUUGACCACUGGUUUGAGUGCGCCCUCAAGCGGCGUCAGGAAGAGCAAAAGAAGCGCGUGACCGAGGGAAAGCAGGUCACCAACCUGGAGAGUGGCACCUCUGCGGCCGUCAACACGGCGUCGCCGGCCGCCACUGUGUCGAAAGCGGUGCCGCUAGCGGCUCUCUUUAUGAUCGCACUGGAAGCCGGGCUUCCCUUCGUUGGGUUUGGCUUCCUGGACAACUCCACAAUGAUCUUAGCCGGCGACAUAAUUGACGGCUCACUUGGCUUCUAUCUCAACUGCUCUGUGCUUGCCUCGGCAGCCAUGGGAAACAUUUGCUCGGGGAUGCUGGGGAUGCAGGUUCAUGGACUGCUUGACAAGGCGAUGCAGAGGCUGAGCUUGAACACACCAGUGCUUACAGAGGAGCAGAUGAAAGACCGUCGCGUGUUCUUGGCUGGCCACCUCGGUGGCACCUUUGGCAUCAUGCUGGGCCUCAUCCUCGGAAUGGUCCCGCUGCUCUUUCUGGACGGUGACACGAACGAGAAGUCCGACUACGUCAUGUUUCAGAGUUGGGACAUCAACAACAGCGGCUUUGUGGAGCUGCCAGAGUUUGAGAAGGUGCUGCGCGAGCUCGGCCUGCACCAGACCGACGUCAGAGCAAAGAAUUUGAUCGAGAAGUACGGCGAGAACAACCGAGUCAACUUUGAACAGUUUUCACAGAUCAAGGCAGAUCUACGCGAUGGAAAGCCAAUCUUCGACUAG